AUGUUCCCAAAUUUGGAGCUUCAAUAUAAGGCAAUUCUCCAGAUACUGCUGUAUUUCAAGUGGAUAUGGAUUGGAGUAAUUUCUAUAAAUGAUCACAAUGGAGAAAAGUUCUUACAGAAUAUGAUCCCCAGGUUAGCCCAGAGAGGCAUCUGCUUUGAUUUCAUAUAUAGAAUCCCCCAAAUGUUUUUUUCCAGUUUUAUUACUAGUUCAUUGAUCGAGUUAUUUGAAAUGCAUGAAAUUAUUAUGAGGAGCAGUGCGAAUGCAGUCGUCAUUCAAGGUGAAAUUGAGACAAUGAUUAUCCUGAAGUUAGUCUCAGUCUCUAUGGUUUUAAAAUAUGAGCUCCUCGCAACAAAGAGAAAUGGUAAAGUUUGGAUUAUGACAGCCCAGAUGGAGUUCACUUCCUUUCCUUCUCAAAGAGAUUGGGACAUAGACUUCCUACAUGGUGCUAUAUCCUUUGCUGUCCACUCCAGUGAGGUGUUAGGAUUUCAGAAAUUUCUUAUGUUAAGAAACCCUACUUCAGAGAAAGAAGAUGGCUUCCUUAGGGUUUUCUGGGAGCAGGCAUUUGGGUGUCAGUUCCCCAACUCUAUGGUAGAUCUACAGGAUGAAGGCAUCUGCAGUGGAGAAGAGAAGCUGGAGACUCUGCCGGCCUCUGUUUUUGAAAUGAGCAUGACUGGUCACAGCUACAGUGUCUACACAGCUGCCUUUGCAGUAGCACAUGCACUGCAGGCCAUGCAUUCAUCUAGAUACAAAGGCAGAGUGACAGUGGAUGAAGGAGUAAAACUUCAGAAUCCAGAGUUAUGGAAGCUUAACCUCUUUCUUAAGAGGAUCAUAUUUAAUAAUAGUGCUGGGGAAAAGGUUUCCUUUAAUGAAAAUGGGGAGAUAGAGACUGGAUUUGAUAUUAUAAACUGGGUCACAUUUCCAAAUCAGUCCUUUCAGAGAGUCAAAGUUGGAAAGAUAGACUCCAUGGCUCCCCAAGAAGAAGCGUUUAGCAUUUGGGAAGAAGCCAUUGUGUGGCCCAGAAGCUUUAACCAGGUGCAGCCCCGUUCUGUUUGUAAUGAUAAAUGCCCAUUGGGUUACCAUAAAGCAAAGAAGGAAGGGGGGCCAUUUUGUUGCUAUGACUGCAUUCAAUGUCCUGAAGGGAGGUUUUCCAACCAGAUGGACAUGGAUGAAUGCCUUCAGUGCCCACAAGAUCAAUACCCAAACAUGGAACGGGAUUCAUGCAUGCCAAAGGACAUCAGUUUCUUGUCUUAUGUAGAACCUUUGGGGAUAGCUUUGGCAGUUCUUGCUCUUUCUCUUUCUUUGAUCACAGCUUUGGUGCUUUGGGUCUUCAUUAAGCACCGAGACACUCCCAUAGUCAAAGCCAACAACCGGAACCUCUCCUACACUCUCCUCACCUCCCUCUUGUUCUCCUUCCUUUGUGCUUUGCUAUUUAUCGGUCAACCUGAGAAAGUGACGUGUCUCCUUCGGCAAACAGCAUUUGGCAUCAUCUUUUCAGUGGCAGUUUCUUGUGUGUUGGCCAAGACAAUCAUUGUGGUCCUUGCUUUCAGAGUCACCAAACCAGGUUCCAGGAUGAGGAAAUGGGUGGGGAAACAGCAGGCCACCUCCAUUGUUCUUUCCUGCUCCCUGACUCAGGCCGCCCUUUGUUGUGUGUGGCUGGCAACGUCUCCCCCAUUCCCAGAUUUGGAUAUGCACUCUGUGUCUAAAGAAAUUGUUCUGGAAUGUAAUGAAGGGUCAGUCACCAUGUUCUACUGUGUCUUGGGGGUUUUGGCCUUGUUGGCUGUUGUCAGCUUCACAGUGGCCUUCCUAGCCAGGAAGUUACCUGACAGUUUUAAUGAAGCCAAGUUCAUCAGCUUCAGCAUGCUGGUUUUUUGCAGUGUGUGGCUGUCCUUUGUCCCCACUUAUCUGAGCACAAGAGGAAAAUAUAUGGUGGCUGUGGAGAUCUUCUCCAUCUUAGCCUCCAGUGCUGGUGUCCUAGGCUGCAUAUUUUCCCCAAAAUUCUACAUUAUUGUGUUGAGACCUCAACUGAACUGCAAGGAGCAACUAAAAAGAAGAAAGGAUUGA